AUGGCAGCAGUCUCCCAGGACUUCUCUUCCAAGCCGUCGGUGGCCACAUAUCCCGUCGCCCACCCACUAUGCCCUCUCACCGCGGCGGAGAUAUCCACCACGGCCGAGCUGAUGAGGUCGGUGUGGCCCUCCUCAAUCGACCUCCGCUUCAAGGUCAUCACUCUGGACGAACCCCCCAAGAAGUCCAUGAUCCCGUAUCUCGAGGCCGAGCAUGCUGGGUCGCCUCUGCCCGCCAUUCCUCGAAAGGCAUUCGUGUCUUACUACAUCAGAAACACGAACCGCUUUCACGAAGCAGUCGUCAACCUUUCCACUCGGACGGUAGAGAGCAAUGUCCGGCUGGGCCCCAAUCUGCAUGGCAACGGCGACUACGACGAGAUCCUCCAGGUGGAGAAGAAUGCUUUGGAGGAUGAGGGCGUCAAGGAGGCCAUCAAAAAGUUGAAGUUGCCCGAGGGGACGGCCGUGUGUGCAGACCCUUGGAUCUAUGGCUCUGACGGCGUCAACGACGAUGAGCGCAUGUACCAAGUCUUCCUGUACAUGCGAGACCCGAGCAACCCUUCGGAACUCGACAGCAACCACUACGCCUUCCCACUCCCCAUCUCGCCCGUGCUGGACUGCACCGAAUACAAAGUCAUCCGCAUCGACUAUCUCCCCACGGGGGCAGACAACACGAUCCAUGAGCCGAGACCUUACCAGGCCAAGCCGGCGAACGAAUACGUCAAUGAGUACCAGACCUUGCGCACGGAUCUCAAACCUCUGAGAGUGAUCCAGCCCGAGGGUGCGAGCUUCAGCCUCACGCCCGUGGGCGAGACAGGCCAUGUGCUGGCGUGGCAGAAAUGGACCUUCCGCGUCGGCUACAACCAGCGCGAAGGCAUGGUGCUGUACGACGUCCGCUACGACUCGCGCCCGCUGUUCUACCGUCUCAGCUUGAGCGACAUGAACAUCCCCUAUGCGGAUCCCCGACACCCUUUCCACAAGAAGUCGGCGUACGACCUGGGCGACGCCGGCGCCGGCGCCAUGGCCAACAACCUCCAGCUCGGGUGUGAUUGCCUGGGCCACAUCCAAUAUCUCUCGUCCGUCAUCACCGACGACAAGGGCGUACCGACGCCCCUGGAGAACUGCGUGUGCGUCCACGAGCAAGACGCCGGCAUCGGCUGGAAACACACCAACUACCGCACGGGGCGCGCCGCCGUGGUCCGGCAGCGCGAGCUGGUCCUGCAGAGCAUCAUCACGGUCAGCAACUACGAGUACAUCCUGGCCUUCAUGUUCAACCAGGCGGGCGAACUCAUCUACGAAGUGCGCGCCACGGGAAUCCUGUCCACGCAGCCGAUCGACCACGAACUGGACAAGGUGGGCGUCCCCUUCGGCACGGUGGUCCACCCGGGCGUCCUGGCGGUGCACCACCAGCACAUCUUCUCGCUGCGCGUGGACCCUAUGAUCGAGGGCCACAACAACCGGCUGGUGUAUGACGAGGCGCACGCGCUGCCGCUGUCCCAGGACUGGAACCCGCACGGGGUGGCGUACGAGGUGGCGGAGACGCUGGUGGAGCGGGCGCAGGGCCUGGACCUGAACCCGGAGGCGAACCGGGUGUUCAAGAUCCAGAACACGGGCGUGCGCAACCCGGUCAACGGCAAGCCGGUGGCGUACAAGAUCCACGCGCCGCCGUUCCAGAAGAUGCUGUCGCUCCCGAGCUCGUACAACUGGAAGCGCGCCGAGUUCGCCGACCACAACAUCUACGUGACGACGCACCAGGACCGCGAGCUGUACUCGGGCGGCUGGUACACGAACCAGAGCCGCGGCGGCACCGGGGUGCGCAGCUGGGCGGCGCGCCAGGACAGCGUCGUCGACACCGACAUCGUCGUGUGGAUCCAGUUCGGCAUCAACCACGUGCCGCGCAUCGAGGACUUCCCCGUCAUGCCCUGCGAGAUCCUCAAGGUCAGCCUCAAGCCCGUCAACUUCUUCGACCGCAACCCGGCCCUCGACGUGCCCCCGAGCGAGCAGACCUUCAACCGCUCCACCCUCGUCAGCGAGAUGCACCACCAGCCCGCCACCGAGGUCGUCGUCGGCAAGGCCGGCGAGUGCUGCCAGCAGCCGGCCGACGGCAGCAAGAGUAAAUUGUAG